CUUCUCCUACCCCUUUAUUGGCUGACCCCUUGCCAUUGACCUCAAAGACUCUGAAGGUUUCCAAUUGGGUGAGGUGCUCUCACAUACUCAUUUACAAGCACUUUUGCCAAAAAGCAAAAAAAUUGGAUUUUUUUCCAGAUCUUUCUUUGAAGCCAGCCCAAAAAUCUUUCAAUAAAAUUAGUGGCUUAAAAUCAAAUUCUCAAUCUCAUCGUUCUCCGAUUGCUGAAAACCCCAAAACAUGUCUGACCAUACAUGUUGUUUUCGUUGCACCAAAUUCAUAUUAACUGCAGGCUUAACAGCUCUCUUUGUCUGGCUAAGUCUAAGAACCUCAAAACCAUCAUGCUCUUUACAUAAUUUUUACUUACCUGCCCUUAACAUAUCUGAUCAUUCGAACACCACAAGAUCCAAUCAUACUCUGUAUUUUCAGCUCAAUUUGAACAACAAGAUGAAGGACAAAGGUGUUCGUUACGACGAGAUUAAAUUAAGCUUCUUCUACUAUGGUACAAAUACAAGUAUCCCAAUAGGUAAUAGCACAAUAAAUGGAUUUUACCAAGGCCAUGACAAGAAAGCAAAGAAAAAAGGGAAACUGGAAAUUCAGAAAAUGGCUUGGGAUGCUGCUUUUAAGAAUGUUACAAAUACAUCAAAGGUGAUUUUUAGGGUGGAUUUGGCUACAAGAAUAAGCUACAAGAUUAUUUUUUGGUUUAGCAAGAAACAUAAUUUCACUGUGGAAAAUAGAACAAUGGAAGUGGAUAGUACAGGUAAAUCAAGUGCACAACAACACCUUCAUUGCUAUUUUAUGGGUUUAGGUUUUCCUCUAAUUGUUUUGGUUAGCUUCAUUCUUUUGUUGUAAAUGACUGGCACUAUUCAACUCAAUAUUUUCUUCCUUUUGGUUUCAUUGUAUCCUAGUUUGGAUCAAUUUUUUUAUUGUUGGAUAAAUUAUGUUUCGCUCAUUUAUGUCAAUUUCAUUUAAAAAAAAAUUUAUUCA